UAAACGUAUGCUCGAACGAUGGACAGAGAAUGUUUGAGGCUGCAGCUGUUGGCAGUUUGCUGGCAGGUGGUCCUAUUGUUGCCAUCCUAGGGAUGAUCUAUAAUGUUAUCAUUCUGGGACCAACUGGCUUCUUGGGAUCAGCGGUCUUCAUCCUCUUCUACCCAGCAAUGAUGUUUGCGUCCCGCUUCACGGCCUAUUUCAGAAGAAAAUGCGUGUCAGCGACGGACGAGCGUGUCCAGAAAAUGAACGAAGUUCUUAACUACAUAAAGUUUAUCAAAAUGUACGCCUGGGUGAAGGCCUUUUCUCAGAAUGUUCAGAAAAUCAGAGAGGAGGAACGCAAGAUCUUGGAGCGGGCUGGCUACUUCCAGAGCAUCACCGUGGGGGUGGCACCCAUCGUUGUGGUUAUUGCCAGCGUGGUGACCUUCUCUGUCCACAUGUUGCUCGGCUAUGACCUCACCGCCGCUCAGGCAUUUACAGUCGUCACAGUGUUCAAUUCAAUGACCUUUGCUCUGAAAGUCACGCCUAUUUCAGUGAAGUCCUUGUCUGAAGCAUCUGUUGCUGUUGACCGUUUUAAGGUGAGUGAUUGUUUUUUUUUUGUUUUUUGUUUGCUAUAUUGUGUUAGUGGAUUUGAGGCCUUUAACAAUAAACAUAGUUUGUGGGAGGAAAUUCACGUGGUUUUAGGGAAGCUUGUCGGGAUUUGUGGCAGCGUGGGCUGUGGCAAGACCUCACUGAUUUCAGCCAUUUUGGGACAGAUGACUCUGCUGGAAGGCAGCAUUUCUGUGGAUGGAACAUUUGCCUACGUGGCCCAGCAGGCCUGGAUUCUGAACGCGACCCUUAGAGACAACAUCCUCUUUGGGAAGGAGUUUGACGAAGAAAGGUACAACACUGUGCUGAGUGACUGCUGCCUCAGACCUGACCUGGCUAUCCUGCCAAAUGGAGACCUGACAGAGAUCGGUGAACGUGGCGCAAACCUGAGCGGGGGACAGCGCCAGAGGAUUAGCCUUGCCCGAGCCCUGUACAGCGAGAACAGCAUUUAUAUCCUCGAUGACCCUCUCAGUGCCUUGGAUGCCCACGUUGGGAACCACAUCUUCAACAGCGCAAUACGGAAGCACCUGAAGUCGAAAACGGUCUUGUUCAUCACCCAUCAGUUACAGUAUCUCGUGGAUUGUGACGAAGUGGUCUUCAUGAAGGAGGGCUGCAUCACCGAGAGGGGAAGCCACGAGGACCUAAUGAACCUGAACGGGGACUACGCGGCCAUUUUUAAUAGCCUGCAGCUGGGAGAGACGCCACACAUCGAGAUAAAUGUAAAGAAAACGGCCAACAGUUCGUUGAAAAGGCCGCAAGAUAAAAGCACCAAGCCAGGAUCUGUGAAAAAAGAAAAGCUAGUCAAGAAGGACAAAGGCCGGCUGAUCCAGCUGGAAGAAAAAGGCAAAGGCUCCGUCCCCUGGUCAGUCUACGGCGUCUACAUCCAGGCGGCCGGAGGGCCCAUCGCUUUCUUCGUCAUCAUGGCACUCUUCGUGUUGAACGUGGGCAGCACCGCCUUCAGCAACUGGUGGCUGAGCUAUUGGAUCAAGCAAGGCAGCGGGAACACCAAUCUGACGCUGGGAAACGAGACGGUUGUGAGCGGCAGCAUGAAAGACAACCCCCACAUGCGUUACUAUGCUGGCAUCUACGCGCUCUCCAUGGGGGUCAUGCUGAUUCUGAAAGCUGUACGUGGGGUCGUCUUCGUCAAGGGGACGUUGAGAGCCUCCUCCAGACUCCACGAUGAGCUCUUCCGACGGAUCCUUCGAAGCCCUAUGAAAUUCUUUGACACGACGCCAACCGGGCGGAUUCUCAACAGGUUCUCAAAAGACAUGGAUGAAGUCGACGUCCGCUUGCCCUUUCAAGCCGAGAUGUUAAUCCAGAACGUUAUCCUGCUCUUCUUCUGCGUGGGAGUGAUCGCUGGCGUCUUCCCCUGGUUCCCACGCAAGGGCCCCUCCCCGGUCUCUCUCAACCAUCUCGUUACAUUGUGCGUUGUUGAUAACAAACCGCAAGCGACUGUCAGCGCCCUCAUAUACAGCCGCGGCGCGACCGCCAUUCCCGGGAGCACCGUGUUCAGCCCCGGUCGCCACAUCCUCAAAAAGGAUAUCGAAGAGAUCGAAGAAGUGCAGGUUUUCAUCCGGGAGCUGAAACGCCUGGACAACAUCACACAGUCUCCGUUCCUCUCUCACAUCACGUCGAGCAUCCAAGGCCUGUCUACGAUCCACGCCUACAAUAAAGGGCAAGAAUUCCUGCACAGGUACCAGGAGCUGUUGGACGACAACCAGGCUCCGUUCUUCUUGUUCAGCUGUGCCAUGCGGUGGCUGGCUGUUCGGCUGGAUAUCGUCAGCAUCGCCCUCAUUACAACCACGGGGCUGAUGAUCGUCUUGAUGCACGGGCACAUUUCCCCUGCCUACGCCGGCCUGGCCAUCUCCUAUGCUGUCCAGUUAACAGGGCUGUUCCAGUUCACAGUCAGACUGGCUUCGGAGACAGAGGCCCGCUUCACUUCCGUGGAGAGGAUCGACCACUAUAUCAAGACACUUUCUCUGGAGGCUCCAGCUCGGAUCAAGAACAAAGCUCCCCCUCCCGACUGGCCUCAGGAAGGAGAAGUCAUCUUUGAAAACGCCGAAAUGCGGUACCGGGAGAACCUCCCACUCGUCCUCAAGAAAGUGUCCUUCACUAUCAAACCCAAGGAGAAGGUUGGCAUUGUGGGGAGAACAGGGUCAGGGAAGUCCUCUCUAGGAAUGGCGCUUUUCCGCUUGGUCGAACUCUCAGGAGGCUGCAUUAAAAUCGAUGGCGUGAAGAUCAAUGACAUUGGCUUGGCAGAUCUCCGGAGCAAGCUGUCCAUAAUCCCCCAAGAACCGGUGCUGUUUAGUGGAACUGUGAGAUCCAACUUGGAUCCUUUCACACAGUACAGUGAAGAUCAAAUCUGGGACGCUUUGGAACGGACUCACAUGAAGGAAUGUAUUUCUCAGCUGCCCCUGAAACUUGAAUCCGAAGUAAUGGAAAACGGGGAGAACUUCUCCGUCGGGGAGAGGCAGCUGCUUUGCAUCGCCAGGGCUUUGCUGCGCCGUUGUAAGGUCCUGAUCCUGGAUGAAGCCACGGCUGCCAUGGACACAGAGACCGAUCUUCUGAUCCAGGAAACCAUCAGAGAGGCGUUUGCUGACUGCACGAUGCUGACAAUCGCUCACCGCCUGCAUACGGUUUUGGGCUCUGAUCGGAUCAUGGUUCUGGUGCAAGGACAGGUGGUGGAAUUCGACACUCCGUCUGCUCUUCUGUCGAACGAGAACUCUCGCUUCUCCGCCAUGUUUGCUGCUGCAGAAAACAAGAUAACAGUCAAGGGCUAAAAUUCAGGGCAACUGUCACUUUAAUUUGGGAGGUGACCACUUCCUGCCUGUGGCAGGCAGAGCUCCUCCUCUUCCUGCUCCUUCUCCACGUACUCCCAGGAGUUCAUUGCCUUUUCCCCCUUUUGAUUUAUAGCAUCAUGGGUCAGGAUCCGAGGGUCUUUUUUUAAAAAAACAAAAGUACUGUAAGGAGGAUUCUUUAUGGCUUUUAUUAUGGUAUUUAUUCCAUAUUCUUGUUACUAAUUUUUUUGUUAUUAAAUGCACUCUACAAAAAAAAUGGCUCAGGAAGCCAUAACUAUAAAUGUCUCGAGAGGCCUAUAUUGAAGCUUUAUACAUGUAGUUAUAUCUAUUCAGAAUUCUGUACAUAGCCUAUAUUUACAGUGGAAAUGUAAGCUGUUUAUUUUAUAUUAAAAUGAGCGCUGCGUUAAUACCGGUGCAUAUUCUUUUUCUAUCGGUUUUUGUACAGUUUUAUGGUACUGGGGAACCUGGGCUGCGUGGGACACCUUUCUAUCUCAUGCAGCCAGCUUUCUCGUGUGCUGGGUUUUCCCAGGUCUCCCGGAUGGAAGUGAAUCUUUGCAGUUGUGUCCUCUUUCGUGUCCUGUUGUCUUAUGUCCUUGCACAGAAGGGAUGGGAGGAGGUGGGCGGGACACUCUCCGGUGAUGCGAUUUGGCCGCAUCAUUGACUGGCAAGGCGUCGGGCUCAUUGCAAGGGCACUUGGGAAAAGCAACAGCUCAUUCCUGCAGUGGCUUUUCUCUUGUGGUUUCAGGAGCUAGAUCUGGUGGUUGCCGAAUUUUCCCCCUUACGCAUUGAAGGGGACAAGAAGAACUUUCUCUAUCGGUAGAAUUUUUCCUACAUUAUAAAAAGAAACACCAGCUCCUGUUUUCACGGGUCAGCCACCUUUGCCCAGAAACAUAACUGUAGCAAUGAGCCUCUUUGAAAUAUUGGGUCCCUGCUGCCGGAUCCAAGCUUCAGAGCCGCCUCUGCCGAAUUAUUGAUCUUAGAUGCUAGUCAUCUGGACAGCUCCUCAAGAUCGACUCUGACAUUUGUAGCAAUUAACUGUUUCUGCUCACGUUAAAUAGCGUUACUACCCCAUUCUCCCAGCAAUUUGCCAUUUUUAGCAGGUUCCUGCUGGUUAAGGUUUGACACUGGUCUAGGGAGUUUUAUUUUCUUACUGUAAAGAGACCUACCUCAGGUUGCUGCGUCCUGUGUGGUAUGUUACCAUGGUUACUGUACAGCAUCCCUGUUGUAUGGGACCAGUAGCACGGUCAAUCCUGUAAUAGCUGUGACUUUUAAUUGAUCAGGCGUUGCAUGUUUUGUUUUGGGUUCCCCCCCUUCCUCUGUCCAGCUGGACAUUUUAUAGCCUUAGCAUGUUUGCAAACUGUUGAGAUAAAAAUCCGAAAAAGUGAAUAAAAACUAUUUUGGGUUUUGUAAA